UUCUAAAAUACACGCAGUUCCUGCCCUAAAUUUUCAUGGAAAUUUUAUUGAACUACCAAACCUUUGCUAAAAAUUUGCUUGCUAAUGUACCAAUUUCUAUCCCAGGGAUAUCAUUUUCCUGAUGGCCCAUAUGUAGAGUACAUCGGGAACAUACCAGCUGACAAGAGAGGCCAGGUUUUGACCGAUCUUAACAGAGAGGCUACGAGAUUAGUGAAGGAAGCGAUCCCAGUUGGUGUGCGGAGAAAUGAAAAAGGGGAGCGAAUGGUGAAUGUUGGUGGGACGGAGUGCAUGUGUGGAGGAACCCACGUACAGAAUACUGCAGACAUCAGAUAUUUCACUGCCACUAAAAUAAAGAAGAACAAGAAAAACGUUCGUGUAUCGUAUAAUCUGAACGGCGAAUGACAUAACCUCCUUUAUCGUGUUAGUGUUUACUGCCAUGUAUAAUGAUGUUCAAAUGACGAUCAUGUCAUCUUUGCCAAGAAACCACGAGUUCAUUUCCUUCAAAGCAUCCACUUUGGGACGACAUUUUGUUCUCGCCAAAGGGGUGCACUAAAUAGAGCUCCUGUCGAGACACGCGUGAGUGUCAAACUCCAGUGGAAGAUUCUUUGCUGAUCUCUCGUGUAUCGACAGUUGUGCCGGG